AUGCCCAACGUCUCCACGAUGAGGAAAUUCCUCCUGCUGGGUUUCUCGGAGGUCCGGGAGCUGCAGCUGGUCUUUGCCACGCUAUUCCUCCUGGUCUACCUGGCGGCCCUGACGGGGAAUCUCCUCAUCAUCGCCCUCACCGUCCUCGACCAGCGCCUCCACACCCCCAUGUACUUCUUCCUCAGGAAUCUGUCCGUCAUCGACCUCUGCUACAUCUCCGUCACCGUCCCCAAGUCUGUCUUCAUCUCCCUGACCGAUCGUAGAUCCAUCUCCCACCUGGGCUGUACCGCCCAGGUGUUUCUGGUAUUUCUGUUUGCUGUUUCAGAGGCGGUCGUCCUCACGGCGAUGUCCUAUGAUCGCUAUGCCGCCAUCUGCCACCCACUGCACUAUGAGCUCAUCAUGAACAACUCGGCCUGUGGAAAAAUGACGGCCGCCUCUUGGCUCAGCGGGGUGUUGCUUGGAGUCUCAUUUGCAGCUUCAUCUUUAUCUCUGAGCUUCUGUGGGUCCAACAUCAUCCAGCAUUUCUUCUGUGACAUCCCCUCCCUGCUGAAGAUCUCCUGCUCCGAGGACCACGUUGCCAUAGAUGUGAGCAUCACUGGUGGGUUAGUUUUAGGUGUCGUCUGCUUCAUCUUCAUCAUCUUCUCCUACGUGCACAUAUUCCAUGCCGUGCUGAGGAUGCCGACUUCUGAGAGUCGGGCCAAAGCCUUCUCCACCUGCCUGCCUCAUCUUGGCGUCGUCACCGUCUUCUUCUCUACUGGAGCGGUUGACUAUCUCAAGCCCGUGUCAGACUCCCCCUCGACCCUGGACCUGCUUGUUUCCGUGUUCUACACCGUAGUGCCCCCCUCCCUGAAUCCCCUCAUCUACAGCCUGAGGAACAGGGACAUGAAGGCCGCUCUAUGGAGAGUCCUGAAGGGGAAAUCCCUCAUCCCUCCUCUAAGGGACACAAUUCAGUAUCAGUGA